AUGAUUCCAACUUUUUUUCGCGGUUUCUUUCAAUUAAUCCGUUUAGCUCUGAAUUUUGGCACAUCAACGAAAGAAACAAGUAACAUUGAUGAAAUUUAUCGCCAGUUGGAAAUGUUGCAACUUGAUUUUUCCAAUACGGAAGCAGUAUCCACUGCUUAUAUUUAUUUAGCUGAUCCUCAUAAAUUGCCGGUACCGGCUAGGAAUGCUAAUGAUAAUCCUAGCAGAAGGGAAUCUGAUGCAGAGAAUGAAAUAUCGCAGCAUUAUUUUCAUUGUGAAGGAACUAAUGAUGAACUGGAUCAGUUAAGCAAGAAGUAUGAAAUAGAUGAUAUGAGUAUUUCAUCUGAUUCUGAUUUUGAGGAAGCUCUGCAAAAUUAUUUUCAAUAUACUCCAAGGCCUAAAUCUGAGGUAAAAAUCGAGGAGAAUAAUGACAGUUCUAUUGAUUUUUCUGCUUCAUUAAAACAACAAAAUAUGGGCGAUGGAUUUGCCUUUACGGAGAAUUCCAAAUCUAAUAUAAGUUCUUUUCGGGAAGGAAAUUUCAGUUUGCAAAAUAUUACUGAAAAUAUCAACAUUAGCAAUAGCAAAAGUCCGAACACUGGAGAAAGCAAACAACGAAUAUUUAAUGAUCAUCUUGACGAAAGCAGUCCUGUUGAACAGUUCCGGAACACUUCGUUAGUAGCCAGUACUCCAUUAUCCACGAAAUCUAAUAAUGGAUAUCGACGUCAAAUGGUCAUGAUAAAAAGUGCUGUAAGAACAAAAGUUGAUGAAUUGAAACAACGAACCAUACUAAAUUUGUCUGUAUACAGUAAUGACUCAAUGAAUACUACAAAUUCCAGAGAUGAAACAAAAAAGCGUGAACAGUGUGCUAUUGCUAAGCAUAUUGCCCGUAUUCGGAAGUCUAGUGCAAAGCUUGGCUCAAGUAAAGAAGCCUUACCAUCCUUCAACAAUACUCGUUAUCAUAGUAUGUGUACAUCAUUUGGCAGCAGUGGUAGCACAAGCUUCAGUUAA